GAAGAACACCGCGAGCGAGAACAAGCACUUGAACACAAGACCUUUGGCGCCCGAGAAGCAUGGCCCACGAGUUUCGCAUUCCGCUGCACAUGACGGCCGACGAGUAUAAGAUUGCCGAGCUCUUUGUCGUCGCCCGCGUCGCCGAGACAAGCACACAGCGCGUGCGAAUUCUCAAGAACGAGCCAUUUGACAAUACAAUUGGGCAGCUCGGCGACGUCUCGGCGAUUUCCAACUGUGCGAUUCCACGCGCGAAAGGCCAGUACACGCUCAAGCACUACUUUGUGUCGGACGACCUCCCCUUCUUCCUCCGGCCACUGUUUCCGAAGGAAGGGUUUCUCUUGAUCGAAGAAGCCUGGAAUGCGUUCCCGCGCUCGUUCACGGCCAUGACAAGCAACGUCUUUCGGAAAGAAAAGUUUUUCAUCUCGUGCGAGUCGGUGUACGUUGAUGGACACAUGGUCGCCGACAACGCGUUCCUGUUGCCACCGGUCGAGCUCGCUGCACGCACCGUCGAAGUAUUGCACAUCGAGGCCAGAGACACCGCGGUCGACGACAUGGAUCCAUCGACGUAUGUAUGCGGCAAGACGGGCCGGGGUCCACUCGCAGCUGGCUGGGUGACGUCGGCGACACCCAUCAUGACGUGCUACAAGCUUCUUCGCGUCAAGUUCGACUACCUUGGCCUCGAGAAGAAAAUGCAGCAGUUCAUUGCCGAACGACACCGCGGCAUCUUCAUGACGUCGGCGCGUCAGGCGCAAUGUACGUCACACGAGUGGCAUGGUCUCACACUCGACGACAUUCGGACCCUGGAAGCCAAACACGCCGUUGCGAGCUAAACGAGACACUUGCCAGGACGUCAAUGGAUGCUUUGUCUUUAUAACCCUAACCCCUUUAUAACCCUGA